AAGUAAUUUUGUGUUUUUUUUUGUGGGGAGGUUACCAUUUUUGCUCAAGUCCGCCAAAAAGCGAAGAGAGGGUUUUUGCGAUACAACAACAAAAUCUCCUCCCAACAAAUUUGGGCGUUUUCAUUUUCUCUGUUUCUUCCAAUUUCAAUUUCACUCACACAAAUCUUAAAAAAUCUCGCCAUGGUUGAAGAAGCAGCUUCAGCAUCGAAAGCUUCGGUGACGGAGGUUGUUCAAACUACCCCAACCGAGCCUGCGAUCCAACAAACCCUAGAAGAACCUAACCAAGCCUCAAUCGAAGCCACUCUUGAAUCUUCUGUUCAGGGAGGCGGCACUGACUCUACCUGUAACAACAACAACAACAACGCCGCCGAUAGUGCUGCUACUGAUGUUUGCGAUGAGGAGCGUGAGAAGACGCUUGAGUUCGCCGAUGAAUUGACGGAGCAAGCCUCUGCGUUUUUGAAAGACCAAGAUUUCGGAGAAGCCGUUGAUUGCUUCAGCCGCGCCCUCGAGAUCAGGGUUGCACACUAUGGUGAACUUGAUCCUGAGUGUAUAAACGCAUACUAUCGAUAUGGAUCAGCUCUUCUGGAAAAGGCUCAAGCUGAAGCUGAUCCACUUGGUAACAUGCCUAAGAAAGAAGGUGAAGUUCAGCAAGAGUCCAGCAAUAAAGAUGAUUCUGUGAAGAACACCACUGCGAAUGGUGAAGCUUUGGCUGCUGCAUCUGUUGUUUCAACUGACCCAGAGAGACAAGGGAGUUCAAGUGGGCAAGAAGGUUCUGGUGGUAAAGACCAAGUAGAGGAUGGUGAAGAUUGUCAAGAUGAUGACCUAUCUGAUGCAGAUGGUGAUGAAGAUGACUCUGAUUUGGAUAUGGCCUGGAAAAUGUUGGAUAUUGCAAGGGCUAUUACUGACAAACAGUCUACUGAUACAAUGGUAAAAGUGGAUAUACUCUGUGCGCUUGCUGAAAUUUCCUUGGAGAGAGAGGACAUUGAGUCUUCCCUGAGUGACUACAAGAAAGCAUUGUCCAUUGUAGAACGUUUGGUUGAACCUGACAGUCGACACACAGCCGAAUUAAACUUCCGUAUAUGCAUCUGUCUAGAGACUGGAUGUCAGCCUAAAGAAGCAAUGCCAUAUUGUCAGAAGGCUAUAUUAAUUUGCAAAGCACGGAUGGAGAGGCUCAGUAAUGAGAUCAAAGCUGCUUCUGGAUCAGCAACUUCCUCAACCGUCUCUGAAAUAGAUGAAGGCAUCCAACAAUCAUCUAAUGUUCCCUACAUUGAUAAAUCUGCUUCAGACAAAGACAAAGAAGCUGAGAUCGAAGUCAUGGCUGGUCUCGCUGAAGAUCUAGAAAAGAAGUUUGAGGAUUUGAAACAACAAGCAGAGAACCCAAAACAAGUUCUUGCUGAGCUAAUGGGCAUGUCAUCGGCCAAGGCAAGUGCUAGUGAAAAGGCUGUUCCUGCUACUGCUGAAAUGAGCUCUUCUAGGAUGGGAACUGCGAAUACCAAUUUCGGGAAAGAUUUAGAGUCGCCUACAGUCUCAACUGCUCAUACCGGUGCAGCAGCAGCAGGAGUAGGAGCAUCGUCAGGUGUAACUCAUUUGGGUGUAGUUGGAAGAGGAGUGAAGAGAGUCUUGAUGAAUGCAACCUCCAUAGAAUCAAGUGCAUCAAAGAGACCAGCUACUGAGCCUUCAGACAAAGCCGAUGGCAACUCUUCUUGAAGGUGAAAAGGAAAAAGGUAUAGAAAUUUCUGCUGAAGUUUUUAACCGAAGAAAACUGAGAAAAACAUUUUGGUAUCUUACUCAUGAAUCUUCCAAGACUAGAUGUUCAAGUUCUUGUAUUGUAAUGGGUCCGUCGUACUUGCAACUUUUUUAACCGUUGAGAACUUCGAUUUGCGUACUUCUUGUUAACCGGUAUUACUUUAUGUGCUUUCUAGUUUA